ACAGCAAAGAAUAGCAGCGGAUUUCAUGGGGCGGACUUUAGAGACAGAAGCCGGUAUCAAACCAAAUCCCAUCCUUAGGUGUGCGCUCCUCACGUGCGCUACGUAGCCUUCUCCCGCUAUAUGUCUUUGUAGAGGAGCCUGCCUAACUGAAAACAAUUCAGGAAGUGUUAGGGGAUAUAUAUGAUGUAAUGAAUUUGCAUUGAUCUGUCUUUUACUCGACUGUGUAUAUAUAUAUAUAUAGGCCUGAUAAUUAACAAUGGAUGCUGAAGUGGGCUCUAGUGAAAGGGAUUAUGCCCUGGUACCCACGAAUGGCAAAGAUGUGGACGAGCUCCGGAUCAACACCAAGGAACAGAGACCCACAUGGGGCCGGCGCCUGGAGUUCAUCCUGGCCUCGGUCGGGUACGCGGUGGGACUUGGAAAUGUCUGGAGGUUUCCUUACUUGUGCUACAGCAGUGGAGGAGGUGCCUUCAUGAUUCCUUACAUAACAAUGGUAUUCCUGUGUGGCAUUCCUCUGCUCUUUAUGGAAUUCACAAUUGGGCAAUACACCUGUUUAGGACCUGUGCAUGCUUUUGCCAAAAUAUGCCCUAUAUUAAAAGACAGAGACUAUCUACCCGGUCAAAACAACCUCCCAUUGAUUUCUCGCUCAUUUCUUCCUGGUUUAUGCUCUGUGCUAAACAAGGGCCAAAAGCAGGUGUUGGUCUGGCCACUGUUGUCAUCUCCUUUGUAUUUUCCACCUACUACAAUGUGCUCAUGAGUUGGGCAAUAUAUUACCUGUUCAACUCAUUUGGAUCAACUUUACCAUGGGAAUCAUGCAAUGAAACUUGGAAUGUAGUCCAAAACUGCUCCAGUGGUUUCACUGGCAAUGCAACCCACCUGCAAUCUGCCAGUCAGCAGUUUUUUGAUUAUAAACUUCUUGAAAAAACAGAGGGCAUAGAAGAUUCUGGUGGGCUUCGCUGGGAGCUGUUUGGCUGUCUAGUUACUGCCUGGGUCGUUGUCUAUAUGUGCAUAUUCAAAGGAGUUAAAUCCACUGGCAAGGUUGUGUAUUUCACAGCUAUUUUCCCAUAUUUCAUCCUGUUUGCCUUGCUCAUCAAUAAUGUGCAGCUUCCAGGGGCAGUCAAUGGCAUUCUUUUCUUUGUGACCCCAGUGUGGAGUAAACUGUUUCAAAUUAAGGUUUGGGUAAAUGCUGCUGCCCAAGUGUUUAACUCUAUUGGAAUCGCAUUCGGUUCAAUGAUUUCAAUGUCUAGUUACAACAAGUUUAACAACAACAUUCUCAGGGAUGCUUUGAUUGUGUCAGUGACAAACUCCUUCACAAGUAUCCUAGCAGGCUUUGUGAUCUUUUCUGCUAUUGGCUACAUGGCACACAUCCAUAACCUCCCAGUGGACAACAUUGCCACAGACGGCCCUGGAUUAGUUUUUGUGGUUUAUCCUGAAGUCAUUUCCACCAUGCCAGUGUUUCAGCUCUGGGCACCUCUCUUCUUCUUUAUGCUUCUGUGUCUGGGUCUUGACAGUCAGUUUGCCACCGUUGAAGUUGCCAUAACCUUCUUGAAGGACGAAUUUGGCACCAAAAUCCUCCAGUUUGUGAAGCAAGAAGAGCUUUUGGCUUUAGCUGUGUGUCUGCUCUGCUUUUUGCUGGGGCUCCCUCAUAUUACUAAGGGAGGUAUAUAUGUAUUUCAGCUAAUGGACCACUACACUGCUGUGGUUUCACUCGUGUUUCUGGCAUUUUUUGAAGUUGUGGCUGUCUGCUGGAUUUUUGGAGUCCCGCGUAUCUCUCUCAUGGUCAGAAGAAUGCUUGGGAGGCCUCCAAACAUCUACUUCCGUCUGUGUUGGCUUGUUUUCUGUCCUGUUUUGGUCCUGUGUAUUUUGGUGUCCAGUAUUAUCCAUUACACUCCAGUGCGUUAUGGAAAAUACAAAUAUCCAAACUGGGCUGACGGUGUGGGCUGGGCAAUCUCUCUGGUGUCUAUCAUAUGGAUACCACUGGGGGCUAUUCAUGAGAUGUACAUCAACAAGGGAUCCCUGUAUGAACGAUUCAAAGCAGCUAUAAAACCUACAGUAGAUCUGGAUGUGGACAACCCUCUAGGUAACCAAACCCAAUAGGUGGCUAUGCUGAAUUAAUUUCUACAAAACUUCAACCACUGAAGAAAAUCUGUUUAGUUCUACAGUGUAUGAUAUAACAUGUAAGCGUUUAUUCUCCUUGAUGUCGUAUAAUUUGUGACUACAUUCCUACUUAUUUCAAAAAAAAAACAAAACAUUUAGACUGGUAGAGAAAUUGUCUUUUACAUUUACUAAAUGACUUAUUGAGUUAAAAUAUAUACCCAUGUAUUUUUAUAUUUUAUGUAUUUGAAUGUUUUUGUGUAAACUGUAACAGUUCUCUGAUGUCUGAUACACAUUUUAAACCGUGUUAGUGGGCUAUGGCCACAGUGUUUAGCCUGGUUGAAUUUGUUCACUAUGGUGCCUUUGAUACUGCUAUCUAAACCAAAAUUGACAUCAACUUAGUUUUUUUCCAGUUUUUUGAAAAAUUGAAAUAGGAAAUACUGUAAGUGGAAUAAGCAGAGCUAGUAGAGCAAAACUAUGUGGAAUAUUUUUUGCUGUCCUGUGGAUUAUUCACUUUUGUCCCGUUUGUUCCCACACUGCAAACAGUAAAUGUUUAAACCUUACCUCACACUAGUCUUGACCUAAUAUGUGUGUAUGUACACACACACAU